AUGGAGGUCCGAGGUGAUAUAAAAGCUGAUCGCCUCCUCGUGGUCCCCUAUAACCAGACGCAACGGCUGGGUGGCAAAACGAAUGGGCCCAGACCGAAGCUCACGCCCGUCAACGGUUUCCACCCUGAUGGGUGGUUCCACAGCAACCAAUGGGACAUCAAACAAGUUUCUGUUGCCAAACCGGGCCCACCUGCUUCGGUGGCACCCCCACUGGUGGUAGCACCCACGGCUGUGCUGGACGUCGGGAAGAAGCAGAAAGCACCCAAGAAGCAGAAGAAAAAGAAGGACCCCAAUGAGCCUCAGAAGCCCGUCUCUGCCUAUGCCCUCUUCUUUCGGGACACCCAGGCGGCCAUUAAAGGGCAGAACCCCAAAGCCACCUUCGGGGAGGUGUCUAAGAUUGUUGCCUCGAUGUGGGACAGCUUGGGAGAGGAACAGAAACAAGUGUACAAGCGGAAAACAGAAGCCGCCAAGAAGGAAUAUUUAAAAGCGCUGGCUGCCUAUCGGGACAACCAAGAGUGCCAAACCACAGUUGAGACAGUGGAGCUGGACCCAAUCACCUCUCCUUCGGAGCAGCCGGCCCCUGUUGUGGAAUCGGCUUCUCCUCUGGCUCCGGUGCCACCCAACCCUCCAGCCUUGGAGAGCCCACCUCCCCCUGCACCUCCUGCUAUUGUCCCCACCCAGCCCACCGUGGUGGUGACCUCCAGCACCGGCCCUCAGUCCGCCAGCCAAACCAACAUCACCAAGAUCAUCAUUCCCAAACAGAUGCUGCCGUCCUCCCUGACGGUCACAUCGCAAGGUGGCGUGGUGACGGUGAUCCCGGCCACGAUGGUGACCUCCCGGGGGAUCCAGCUGGGGCAGCUGCAAGCCAGGACUGGAACCACUCAGAUCGUCACACGUUCGGUUUUAGCCGCGGCCGCUGCAGCCACCUCGUCCAUGCACCUGCCGCGGCUGCAGCCUCCCCCUCUUCAGCAGAUGCCUCAGCAGCCCCCCACCCAACCGGUCACCAUCCUCCCCCAGCCCCCCCCUCCUCAAGCCAUGCAGCAGCCUCCUCUGCAGCAGAAGGUGUGCUUCAACCUCCAGCAGCCCCCGCCCCCCCUGCAGAUCAAAAUCCUGCCUCCACCGGCCCUUCAGAUCCAGCCCAUUGCUCUGCGGACGGAAGAUGGCAGCCCUGAGAGGAUCAGCACUGAGCUCCAGACAUCUCCAGAGCCCAUCGAUGUCGUGCCGGAGGUCGAGUCUCCAACGCAAAUGCAUAUGGAGCUAGUCUCCGAAUUGCCUGUGGCCAUGUCACCCUGCCUUCGCUGCAUCCGCGUGGGCUGCAACAACCCUCCAAUGGUCAACAGUGACUGGGACAAUGAAUACUGUAGCAACGAAUGCGUGGUUAAACACUGCAGGGAUGUGUUCCUAGCUUGGCUGGCCUCCCGCAAUUCCAACAACAACGUCGUUUUUGUGAAAUAACACCCCAUAAUAAGAGUGCUGGGGAAAAAAACUACACAGUUUUGUGUUGCCAUGCACAUUUCUGUCCAAAAGGAUGACCAAACCCAGAAGAAGAAGAAAAAUCUCACCAUUGCAACUCUGAGGGUGGGAAUCCGGUUCUGGACAUCUUCUCUGCUGAAGACCCAACAGCAAGAGAAAAA